AUGAGCGCAAAUAAUUUGGCGCAACCGAGUCAGACCGAGCAGCAGGGGGGGUGUACCAGCCGUGCCAGCGAACACAUCGAAGGUGGUAAAAACGCCCAUGGUACUGGUGACGUUACGGGCGAUGAAACAACAAGGGAAACAGAAGAGGGAAAUGAAAAUGCAGCCAUAAAGGGGACCCAAAAAGGAGAAGCAAACGACACCCUAAACGAUGUCAUCAGUAAAUAUUUAAUGAAUGUUGACUCAAUUGAUAGUGCCCAUGGCACUGUGACCAACACGCUGGGGGAGAAUGUAUACCAGCUGUAUAGUCACCUCUACCCCAAUGGUGGUGUGGAAAGCUAUUGGGAACAGGCGGGCAACCCGGACUUUGUAGCCUUCCCAGGCAGAAGCAACUUUGUGGUUAGCCAAACGGAUGAAGCUACUACCACGGUUGGGAGCCACAGUAAUAACACAGCCGCAGGGCAGAUGAGGGAACCAAGAGGUCAGCACAUACCACACCCAAAUGCAGACUCACUCAUAAGUCAGAACAGUCACCUCAGUUAUAUAGAUAUAGUGAAUAGCAUGGGCGGAAAUUACGAACCGUAUGGAGCUGCCGCCCAAAUUUUUAAUUACCAAAGUGAGGAAGAGUUCGCUCAUAACGGGAAUGCAUAUGAGGAGGAUGGCUACAGUGAAACCUACAGCGAAAGGAAGAGCCCACCUCCAGAACCAACGCAGAAGAGAAAAACGUAUGCAGAGAAUAUAGACACGUAUGGACCGACGAGCAAAAUGAGGAAGGGAAUUAACAGCAGGUACCCAGUGGAAGGGACGCAUAAUAGUGAAAAAAAAAGCAACCUCUACAGAAAUAACUCCCAGUGGGAAGUAAGAGAAGGAAGUCCUCUGCACCACAGGGAACGUCCUGGGCUGUAUAAAGGCGCCUUCAAAAAAUGGGAAGGUAACCAAAUUAACAGUAGGGAAGGAAAGGAAGUAGGAUAUGCGCAGGAUGAGAAGCACAAUGUGGUCGAUAAAAAAAGAUUCGUGAGCAAAUGGGAUAACGUCGAUGAGGGGGAUAACAAUCACCACGGUGUUCCCCGGGGAGAGACAUGUUAUGAUGACUCCAGAGGAAAUUACCCAGAAAGGGGUGGAUCCAAUCAGUUUGGUACAGGCAAACCAAGUCAGCCUGUAAGAGGUGGGCCGAGUCAGUUCGACAGGGGGAGGGCAAGCCAGUAUGGCAGAGGCAGGCCAACUCAGUUUGGUAGAGGUAGACCCGGUCAUGUGGAAAGAGGGGGAAGGUCCAAUCAUUAUGAGAAUGGCCGUUCUAGCCAGCAAUAUUAUGACCGGUCCAGUCAGCGUGACCCUGAUAAACCUAAUCGGUAUGGGUAUGACCAGCACAGUAAAUACGACCAUGGCAGACCCAAUAAAUAUGACUUGGAUAAGUCCUCCAAAUAUGAGGCAGAUAGAUCCAGUCAGUAUGGCAGUAAUAGGUCCACUCAGGAUGACCUGGACCGGUUCAGUAAACACAGCAGUGAUCAGCCGAAUCGCUGCGGUUAUGACGGACGCAGUAAAUAUAACCCAAAUAAAAGCAACCAUCACGAUCGUGACGUGGCUAUUCAGUACGACAGUGGUCAUCGAAAUGAAGCCGCAGAAAAACGUGACAACACCUACCGGGGUAGGAAAUACAAGUGCAACAUAUUCGACGAAGAGUGCUACAUCAUCGAGUGCAAAAGUUACGGAAGCGAAGAGAUGAAUGUACCAGGCCCCCUUAGCAGCAUGGAAGACCUAAGCACCAUCUGUGGAAACGACCUGUACCGAAACAUCUGCGAGAAGGGAUACAGCCAAAUGACCAUCGUUCAGAAGUACUCCAUUCCAAUAAUAAAAAACAAAAUGAAUUUAAUUGCGUCCUCACAAACAGGAAGUGGAAAAACUUUUUCCUUUCUCUGUCCAGUAGUUACAAAUUUGAUAGCAGACAACGACACGUUGAGGCCUCAUUUCCCUGGGGCGUAUGCGUGCGUUUCUCCCCUGGGGUUGGUCCUCUGUCCCACGCGAGAAUUAGUCCUUCAAAUUUUGAACGAGGUUAACAGUUUGACGAAAAAUAUGGGGCUGGUUUGUAUGGCCUUCUAUGGAGGAGAGACGAUGAAAGAUCAGAUUGUACAGAUAAACGAACGGCAGGCGGACGUCAUCGUGUCGACCCCGGGGCGAUUACUCGAUCUGAUGAACAGUUGUAAGGUCAGCUUGUCCUUUGUAAAAUAUUUAAUUUUCGACGAGGCUGACGAAAUGAUAUCCCUUGGGUUGAAGGAACAGAUGGACUCCAUUCUAUUCGAAAAAGAUCUUUCUGCCAUUGACGCUAGACAGACAAUACUCUUCACGGCGACCUUCUCCGAGAGCCUGCGGGAGGACAUUGAAAAGUUCAUGGCCACUCCGUAUGUGUUUUUGAAUAUCACGCAGAAGAGGGAGGUGCGAAAUUCUAUUAAGCAGGUCGUGAAGUACGUGCCCGCGAAGUGCAAGCAGGACGAGCUGCUCAAGGACCUGAGGACUCUACAAGGACAAGCCAUCAUCUUUGUGGAGCUGCGAAGCUCAAUUAAUUACAUUUUCUCUGCGUUGAAGUCGAACGGGUAUGACGUGAAUUACCUGCACGGGAAAAUGACUCAGGCUCGGAGACAAGACGUAUUUCAACAGUUCCGCGAUAAGGAAUUUCAAAUUUUAAUAGCUACCUCCAUCGCGGCAAGGGGGUUAGAUUUUCCCGACCUGGAAUUAGUAAUAAAUUAUGACCUACCAGCCGAAUUUGAGCAGUACAUGCACAGGAUUGGUAGGACGGGACGAAUUGGGAAAACUGGAUUAGCCAUUAACUACUUUAACAGUUCGAAUAGAAAAAUUAUUGACAAGCUCAUCGAACAUUUGAGGAAGCACGACCAGACCGUGCCCCAAUGGUUGCUCAAUUUUAACUAG